CAGCAAACCGAGCGCCGAUCGCCGAACGCUGGCGCGGCUGGCGUAAUUGGAGCGUAACUAGUGCAAAGAUUUUUUGGUUAAGAAGCAUUCCUCACUAGAUUCAGUUGAUCGAGAAUAGCGAAAGAGAAAAGUACCGAAUCGCGUGAAGACAAUGAAUGGUGGAACCUCGCUUACAUGAAAAGUACAAAGUGAAAGAAAAUAUAUUUUAUUAAAAAAAAAAAAAGUGAAGUUAGCUGAUUAAAAAUUAUAAGAAACAUAUUCAGACGUACAAACAUAGCUCAGCUCAUCAGUGUAUAAACAUAAGAGAUAAAAUUUAACUAAAAGAGCUGAAAGUGAAAAAUAAAAAUUAUUUCAAAGUUCCGUUAAAUUUCCGCCCGCCUUUGUCGUGUGCAUAAAAAAGUCAACUCAUAUAAAUGAAAAUAAAAUGAUUAAAAGCGAAGAAAUUAUGGAUUCCAAUGGACAUGCGACCGGCCACAAUGGCUUACAUCACAGCACACAUUUACCUCAUCACAACAGCAUAUACCGCAAUCUGCCAUCGAACAUCAUAUCCACGACAAAUUUUACGCCACUCGCGUAUGGCGAUCAAAGCGCCAUGCUGCGCAUGCCACAGGAGUCGCCUGAACUGCAGGAGGAGAAACCCGAUCUCAAUUAUAUCAAUCGCAAAUACUACGCAACUAUGAUGACACAGCAGCAACCGGUGCAUGUCUCGGAGGCUGGGUCCUAUGGCCUCACAUCAUUGCACACUAUGUGUGCCUCACCGCAUCCGAACAGUGAGAAUGACAUUGGCAUGCUGAUGCCGUUAUCACCCAAUUCAUCACCACACAAUGAGGGUGGUCUCAAAGUGCCGCUGUCGGAUGCAUCGGAACUGCAGCAUUAUGCCGCCACACAGAAUCGCGUCAUCGCCUCGAAAAUGGUGGAUCUGAAUUCACAUUAUACACCAACUAUCAAGUAUUGCUCGAGCAAUACGAUUUUCAAUACGUCCGAGUAUUUGCCGCACAGCGAGAGUGAGCAGCCGCCACCGCCGUCCGCAAUACCUGUGUCUGCUGCGGCCAGCUCAAGUGAUAUUAUGACACAAUCCCUGCAACAUAUGCAAAAUGUCGGUGUCGGCGGCAUGUCAUCAGUGGCAAGCGCGUCGUCGACACCGUCGGGUGUUAUAACCAGUUCGCAUAGCGUUUCGGGUCAAUUAUGUUCCACCACCGACACAAUGUCCUAUUCGAAUAAUUCCUCACCGGCUAAGUCGGUGCAUAGCACUCAAAGUGAAGCUGGUCAACAGCAAAAGCAGCAGCAACAAUCACAACAACAGUCGAACUCGUCAUCGUCACAGGAGCUUACACCGCCUGAUACGACGAAAAAAUCCGGCGCCCGUCGCCCUGAGAAACCCGCAUUAAGUUAUAUAAACAUGAUUGCGAUGGCAAUUAAGGAGUCGCCAACGGGGAAGCUAACGCUUAGUGAAAUCUACAGCUUUCUGCAGAAAAGAUUCGAAUUCUUUCGCGGUCCAUAUGUAGGUUGGAAGAACUCGGUGAGGCAUAAUCUUAGCCUGAAUGAGUGCUUCAAAAAGUUGCCGAAGAGCAUGAGUGUGGGUAAGCCGGGAAAGGGUAAUUACUGGACCAUCGAACAGAACUCCGCUUAUAUGUUUGAGGAUGAAGCCAGUUUGCGUAGACGGCCACGCGGUUAUCGAUCGAAGCUGAAAGUGAAACCUUAUCCGAACGCAAAUGGGUUUUACACAACUUCCUCCUAUGAUCCUAGCAUGGACAACGCCAAUUUCUAUACCACACAACCGUAUGCUCCCUAUGACUACGCCACGAGCAGUGCUGCCGCUGCAGCACCAUUCACAGAUUCCUGGAAUUCACACGCUGCCCAUACACAGACCCUGCCACAGUAUUCAAAUAUAGCCGCCGCCUCAUCUGUGUUGCAUGGUAACAACAACAACAGCGCCACACCGCCACUGGCGCACACACUCAGCCCCUCGGCGUUGGUGAGCGGCUCGGGCAGUCCCUCGCAUUCGGCGGCGCUUCAAAGUUCGAAUCCGGGUUUGGAUUACGCGACAGCUUCCAUGGUGGCCGCCAAUUAUCCAUACGCCAGUACGGCUGGUGGUGGUGGCGUCGUAGGAGGUGGCGCUAGCGCCGCAUACAGCCUUGAUAACGGCUUGCGCUCAAUGACUCUCUCGCACAUGCACCAACAUCAACAGCAACAACAUCAUCAUUCAGCGAUGACACCACCACCGCCACCGCUGCCGCCCAGCUCCACAUCCAUGGGCAAUUCUGCGCUCAUUGAUCGAAAGCCCAUCUUCUUACCCUCGAUGACGCCACCCUCAUCUGGACCCAUGUCUACGCCGCCGCUGCAUCACCAGCAUUUGGUGGGGAGCAACAAUGGCGGUGGUGGUGGCUAUUAUGAGCACAUAAAGUUCUCAAAUUGAUAGUUGAGUUAGUAAAAUUAAAUAAAUCUAUUUUAGUUAUAUACAUAUGUACAUAUGUUUGUAUGUAUGCAUUUAGCGCUUGUGGCCGCACCAAUGACAAAGCACCAAAUAAUCCCUGAAAGGGUAAACUAUAUUUAAUUGAACAGUUAAAUACUUUUAUUUUAUUUUAUUUUAUUUUAUUUGUUUGUGAAAAGAAUUUAAUUUUUUAAGUGCAGAAUAAUAAGUUUUAUAGUUAAAAUUUAAACAUAAUAAGUAUGUAUAAAGUCUUAAAUAAAAUGUA